AUGGUUUUCUCGCUGGCUGCAGCACUGAUGGCACUAGCCGCGCUGGUUGUGCUAUUUGUCUAUCAGCGGUUUGGCGAGAUGCUAAAGCACACAGGCAAAUUGGGAGGUCCACCAGCGUACCCAAUCAUUGGCAGUGGGUUACUAUUUUUGAACAAAUCUCCCGCUGAAUUUCUACGGAUCAUUGGUGAUCUGCUGAAGCGGUAUGGUGAUUGCUUUCGGGUAUGGCUCGGUACCCAGCUGGCGAUCGUUAUAGUCGAUCCAAAGGAUAUCGAGGUACUGUUGAGCAGUCCAAAAUAUAUCGAUAAAUCAACAGAGUACGACUUUAUUCGCCCAUGGCUGGGAGAAGGAUUGCUGACGAGUCGUGGACGAAAGUGGCACACACACCGGAAGGUGAUCACCCCAACAUUUCACUUCAAGAUUCUGGAACAGUUUGUGGAGAUAUUCGAUCGUCAAAGCACAACGUUCGUCAAGAUGCUGCAACCAUUGGCGGAGUCGGGCAAAUCCUUCGACAUCUUCCCACAGGUGACACUGUGCGCAUUGGAUGUCAUUUGUGAGUCAGCCAUGGGAACGAAAGUGAAUGCACAGAUUAACUCCACGUCCAACUAUGUGCUAGCAGUGAAAGAGAUCACAAAUCUCAUACAGUUGAGAUUUUACGACUUUCUGAUACGGUACGACAUUUUCUUUCGCCUGUCCGCAAACUGUCGCAAGCAACGGAAGGUGCUAAAGAUUCUGCACGACUAUACGGACAGUGUGGUUAAGGGACGGCGUCAGCAGCUGGAAGCUAAAUCGAACAUUGAAGAAACGGAAGAGGGCAGCGAUCAGGAUCUUGGCAUCAAGAAGCGUAUGGCAUUCCUGGACAUGUUGCUGCAGGCGACGAUCGAUGGUCGUCCGCUGACGGAUCUCGAGAUACGCGAGGAAGUGGACACGUUCAUGUUCGAGGGACACGAUACGACGACGUCGGCCAUCAGCUUCCUACUGCUGAGUUUGGCGAAAAAUCCCGACGUUCAGCACAAAGUGUUUGAUGAGGUGCAGACCGUUGUUGGUUAUGAUCGUACGCGGCCCGUUACCAUGGCAAUGCUGAACGAUAUGAGCUAUCUUGAUCUGGUGAUCAAGGAAACGCUACGACUGUACCCAUCGGUACCGCUGAUUGGAAGGAAAAUGAUACAAACAACCGAAAUUAAUGGGAAGAUCUUCCCAGCCGGAGCCAACUUGAUCAUUAUGCCAUUCUUCCUUGGACGAGAUGCGCGCUAUUUCCCUGAUCCCGAACGGUUCGAUCCGGAGCGAUUCAAUGUGGAAAGGUCGGCGGAAAAGACAAACCCCUAUCAGUACAUCCCGUUCAGUGCUGGGCCACGGAACUGUAUCGGACAGAAGUUUGCGGUAGCGGAGCUAAAGAGCCUGGUCAGCAAAGUGCUCCGUCAUUACGAGAUUCUACCACCGGCAGACAAGCAAGACGAAUCGUUCAUUGCGGAACUGAUCUUGCGACCCGAGCAUGGUGUGUUCGUUCGUUUGAAACCAAGAGUGUAUUAAGAAUGGUCGAGAGAGAAUGU